ACUGUUGACGCAGCGGCCAUGACAGUCCGAUGUAGCUUGGUCCCGUCGCGCUACGUACUUACGCUUUGAUGCAGUGAAUUUUAUAAGUUUUGACGGAUAAUUUUACCGAUUUUGGUUAAGUUUUGUUCGCUCCUCGUCCACCAACAGAGUUGAGAUCGAAUUCGGAAUCAAACAUGAAGACAGUUUUUCCUAUGGCUUUUCCUCCUCAAUGCGAUAGGCUGUAGUUUCAGUGCCAGGAUACUUGCCAUGGCACCUUUCUAUGGUAAGAGUCACUAUAUCUUUGUAUCUGGGAUCCUUAAAGCCUUGCAUCAAAGAGGACACCAUAUAGUCGAGUACAGUCCAUUUCCUCCCAGUAAACCGUUGGCUAACUACACCCACGUGGAGAUCCACACGGAAUUGGAAAAGGAAUUUCAAAAAUGGACAUUCGAAGAAUUCCUACAAGCCGCAAAAAUGUCCAACAGCACGUGGCACAACCCUUUUAUAUUCCUAAAUAUCUGGCGGCGGACAAACCUAAUGUGUAAGGAAAUAUUUCAGCAAGAGAGCAUAAAGAACCUGAUACACUCUAAGGAGCACUUUGAUCUCGUGAUAACAGAGUCCACUUUUGGACAAGAAUCAAUGUUAGUGUUCGGAAACCUAUUUGGAGCACCAACAAUCACAAUACAAGGAUUAUCACGUGUUCCGGCUUUGAAUAGAGAUGCUGGUAAUGCCAUGUCUAUAGCUUCAGUUCCUGAGACGACAUCAGUCGUUGCAACAGACAAUAUGACGUUUGUGCAAAGACUAUUCAAUUUUGUGUCAAUCACAUGCUCUCUGUUUCUCUAUUACAACUAUCAGUUGCCCGCACAAGACAAAAUCCUGAGAGAGUACUAUAUCCAGGUUGCACCAAGCGUUGCCGAACUGGUUGGAAAUGUCUCUCUUUACCUCAUCAACAGCCAUCCUGCUGUAGAGUAUCCGAGGCCAUACACUCCAAAUAUCAUCCCCAUCGCAGGCAUCACUAUUUCUCCUGACAGGACACCACUUCCCAAGGAUCUCAAGAAAUUUAUGGAUGAUGCCAAGGAAGGAGUGGUGUACUUCAGCUUGGGGACAGUUGUGCCAGUUCAUGUCCUUCCAGAAGAGCUGCUUCAAGCAUUUGUCCGUGCUUUCAAGAAACUGUCACAGAAAGUUAUCUGGAAAAAUUGAUCUUGAAAGUAUUCCAAAUCUUUCCAAAAAUGUGAUGCUUACGAAAUGGGUGCCCCAACCUGGAGUGUUAGCUCACCCCAACUGUGUCUUGUUCAUGACACAUGGAGGAGCAUUCAGCCAACAGGAAGCCAUCCAUGCAGGAGUACCAACUGU